UAGGUUCUCGUCUAGUCUCACACGUGGUGUCACCAGGACUAACGUGCUUUUCCUAACGUUCCGUGAGUUUACUUAUAUCCGGACUUCGGAGAUGGCGGGCAGCACGCUUGGUCGCGCCCUGAUAGUAUUCUCCGGUUACGUUCAAGCGGGCUAUGGCAGCCCCCUCCAGACGUUAGCUGACGAUACACCUAGAAGCAAAUUUUUGCCAAAUCUGGGGCACUCGGGGUCUGCAGAAAAGGUCAGCACCGGACCCUCGUGUGUUUCUAAAGGGUGCAUACUCGUACCCCCGUGUUUACAUAUAUGUAGUCGCCCCACCUUUCCAGAGUAGCAUGGUUGGUAUAAGACGCAAGAGGUUCGGGC